AUGUUUCGAAACUAUGCUCGUACACUUUGCCUAUGUGUGGGACUCUUUAUAUUGUCUUUUGUUUGGAUAAACCAGCAGCACGAGAACUUUAGCCACAAAUUUGUUGCUAUAUCACGGAAAAUUUCUACACUAACCGUAACGAAAAUCGAUGAAAAUGAAAGUACGCCUAAGGAAACAUCUAGGUUCUUCGUGUUUAGUCCGCAGUGCAAGAUUCCGUACGUUAAUCCGUUUGACGUGAGCUUCCAGCAGUGGGAUCUCCUAAAGUUUAAACCCUGCACAAAUGAACCGGCAUUGGUCAGCGUUAUCUACGAUUCCUCUAAGAGACAGUAUAAGCUGCACUUAAAUACCGAUGUGGCUAAGAAGAACUUUUCAAGUUAUGGAAAUUAUGGCUGUACCUGUCAGGAGGCACGGUCUGGAUCGGGCGACACAAUUGCCUACUUAGGAAAGGCUGCAUAUAUCCAUCAGGAUUGGCCUGUGCCGACUCACUUUGUGGGUGUGAUUGUUGAGUGUCACGAGGUGAGGAACAAGUCACGGGUCUUGCAACGUGAUGCCUUCUUCUUCAUCCAGUACCCAAAGAAUCGCAACGAGGCAAACGAUGCCAAGAGGGGAGCGGAGUAUCCCAGUGUCUUCCUGUUCGGGAUCGACAGCAUGUCUCGAAUGAACUUCCACAGGUCCAUGCCACUCACCGCCAAGUUCGUUAGCCAGGAGGGAUGGUAUGAGAUGGAAGGCUACAAUAAGGUGGGCGACAACACACUUCCAAAUUUGCUGGCCGUGCUCACAGGUCGGACUCCGAGACAAUGGCGGUCCAAGUGUGAUGUUCGGAAGGAGGGUUGCCUGGACAGCCUACCCUUUCUCUGGGACCUAUUCCGCAACGCUGGUUACCUAACAGCCUAUGCCGAGGAUCUCGCCUCCAUGUCCACGUUUAACUACUUGAAAGAAGGCUUCUCCCGACGGCCGGUGGACUUUUACUUACGUCACUUUAUGAUGGUCAUCGAACAGGAAAUGAAGACCAUUAACUACGAUGAACUAAAUUUUUGUGUGGGCAGAAGGCACAGUUUUAGCUACAUUCUUGACUUUGCCAAGCAGCUGAUCGAACGAUUUAUCGUUGAGAAUCCAAAGCCGCUGUUCGGCCUGUUUUGGACAAGUAGCUGCACCCACGACGACUUUCAGGGAGGCAGACAUUUGGACAAGCCGUUUGUUCGUUACCUGGAGGAGUUCCAGGAGUACGGGUUGCUUAAAAAUUCCAUUGUGAUACUGCUCAGUGACCACGGGACGCGGUUCGGACCUCUGGCCGAGCACUUCACUGGCUUUCUGGAAGAGAGACUGCCCAUGCUGCACAUAUACAUUCCCCCGUGGUAUCGAAAACGUUACCCACGUGUGGCCAAUGCGCUGCAAUUAAACAGGAAUCGCCUGAGUUCCAACUAUGAUCUAUACCUGGGUAUCAGGCAGAUUAUCGAGGAAAUUCAUCCAAGAAUGGAAUUCCAGCCAUUAUUUCCCCCCAACACUAUUCACUCAAUUCUCAGAGUGCUGCCCAGGAAUCGGACUUGCUCCCAAGCCGGUAUACCCGAGCACUGGUGUACUUGCAAGCCCUUCGUAAAUGUCCAGGUGACGGAUUUCUUUGUGGAACUCAGUAAGCUGAUUGUCGAUCGGAUGAAUGAGUUCCUGAAGAUGCUUGGUGUUGAAGGGGAUUGCCAUUUGGUUAUUCCCAAGAAAAUUCUGCAGGCUGACCAACAGUUGCACUUUGAUGAAUUGGGAAACGUCGUGGCUGCUCCAAAUGGUUUGGAAACUUUCAGACUGCUCUUUACCACAAUUCCGAAUGACGGUAUGUUUCGGACAAUAGUUCAUAGCAACGCCAACCAUUCGAUUUUUCAUACCGAAGUAGAUAUGAUUAGUCGCGUUAGUCCCUAUAAGAAUGAGUCUUACUGUGUUAAGGACGCUGUUGCGAAGAAAUUCUGCCUCUGCCGCAAAGAUAAAUUUUUAAAACUUCAUCGGGGACGGGAGAAAAAAGUGAGGAAAGUUAAAUACGAAUUUAUGGAGGAUCGCGAAGGCGAAUAUUAUGACGAAAGUCAUAGGUUUACAAUAACAUGAGAACACGUAACAAGAACCGGUAUACCAGAAAUGAUUGA